CCUCCUCCUCGCCUUGGCAAGCGGAGCUCAGCCCGGAGCUCGCAGAAGGAGCGCGGCGGGGCUCUCAGCUCGCACCUCCGAGGAUCCCCUUCCCCUCGUACCUUCCUCCUCUCUCUCCGGGGCUGCCCUCCCUCCCUCCCUCCCGCCCAGGGGGAAAAGAAAUAAGAGAAAAAAAGAGGUCCACCCGCGGGAGAAAAGCGCUCGCCCAUCCCCGCGGACUCCCUCCCGCGUGGGGAAGACACCCCCAUACCCCCCAAAAGCUCUGAUUUUAUGAAAAAAGAUUGAUUUAAAGCUUUAUUUUUUGAGGAGGAGGAGGAGGCGGGGACGGGAUCAUCAGUGCGAGGAAACCUGCGAGGGGAUGGGCUGUCGGUGCCCACCUGCCUGAUCGUUGGGAUCAUCACUUUUCAACCCAGAGCGAACUUUUGCUUUCGGGAGCCCGGAAAACUUUCGGCGCCCUUAAAAACUGCGGCAGAGAUCCUUGCUCACCAUGGUGGCACUGCCAGGCUUUCUCCUGCUCCUAUGGAUUGUAAAAGGAGUUGUGCCCUCACAUCCUCAUGGGAAGCCAACUUGGCCAACCUACAAGGUGCCCGUCGUUCUACCCCAGUUAACCAUCCCUUUGGACAAACCCAACUUUGACUCAGAAGCCCAGCUGGAAGUGGUCUCCCCGUGUGGCCCAGCUUGCCACAAACGUUUCCCGCCCCCCACGUAUGAAGAAGUGAAAGAUUAUUUGUCCUACGAGACGUUGUACUCCAAUGGAUCCCGCACCGAGACUGAGGUGGGCAUCUACAUUGUUAGCAGGACCAACACAGGGGGACAGAGCCGAUCGCGGACAAAGAGACAAAUCUACGGCUACGACACCAGGUUUAGUAUUUUUGGCAAGGACUUCUUGCUGAACUACCCGUUUUCUACUUCCGUGAAGUUGUCCACGGGAUGCACCGGAACGUUAGUGGCUGAAAAACACGUCUUGACGGCUGCUCAUUGCAUCCAUGAUGGGAAGAGUUACGUCAAGGGAGCCAAGAAGCUACGGGUUGGGUUCCUGAGACCCAAGCCGAAAGAUAGCGUCAAAAGGACCAAUCACAGUAGCGCCCUUGAGCCCGAGAAAAUGAAGUUCCAGUGGAUUCGGGUGAAACGGACACACGUUCCUAAAGGAUGGAUCAAAGGGAAUGCCAACGACAUUGGCAUGGAUUAUGACUAUGCCCUGCUGGAGCUGAAGAAACCCCAUAAGCGAAAGUUCAUGAAGAUUGGAGUGAGCCCAACAGCACGUCAGCUGCCCAAAGGAAGGAUUCAUUUCUCGGGCUAUGACAAUGAUCGGCCUGGAAACUUGGUUUACCGCUUCUGUGAUGUCAAAGAUGAAACGUACGAUCUCUUGUAUCAGCAGUGCGAUGCCCAGCCAGGGGCCAGCGGUUCCGGAGUCUACGUGAGGAUGUGGAAGAGACAGAAUCACAAAUGGGAGCGUAAAAUUAUAGGGAUAUUCUCAGGGCACCAGUGGGUGGACACCAAUGGAUCCUCCCAGGAGUACAACGUGGCCGUUCGCAUCACUCCCCUCAAAUACGCACAGAUUUGUUUCUGGAUCACGGGGAAUUACCAACAGUGUAGAGAUGGAUAGAACCAAUUGAGGUCCUAGAGCGGCUUGCUGGGGAGGGGUAGGGAAAGGGAGAGGCAUGGUGGAAAGCAUACGCCUAACAGCUCUGUGGGCACAGUUCCGUUUUUAGAAAUGCCAGGGUGCAAGGAGUUGACUGGGAGUGUAACCAGAUUAGUGUUUGGCAAUAAGGCACAGUCUCCGCGCCAUGACACAGAUCCUGGACUUUUCCUCAGUUUUCGCCUUAGGAUAAGCAAUAGCGGAGGUAAAGGGGACGGGGCUGAAGCAAAGUAUCUGCAUCCCCCCUUUUUGCACCCUCUUUUAGGAUGGGCCAUUGUUCACCAACGGGGAUAUUGAUUGGCUGACUCUUCCAUCAUUCUGUAGUGCAGGAUUGGCUAGCUCUGAUAGGAAGGCAACUAGAGAGAGACACGGGCAUCCGUUUUUAAAUCCAGUGAUGCCAAAAUAGCAAAUAGAGGAUUGUGACAUCACAAGGCAAGCUCUGCACUUCUGGAUGUGUCUUGUAUCAUCAGUUAUUAUUAGUAUAUAAGGAGACUAUUAAUUUACUUUGGGAUGUCGUGAUACACUUUUCACCAUUCCCUUUUCCUUAGAGAUUUUCCACGGUGGUGCUUCUCCUUCUCUUCCUCCUCCUCUUCUUCCUCCUCUUCCUCCUCCUCCUCUUCUCACCAUUUCUCCUUCCUGUCUGGUUGGUGAUUUCCCACAGUCCUCCUCUCCCUCCCCUCCCUCUCCUCCUCCUCCAUUCUUCAAUUCCCAAUAAGAACCAACAAGACAUAGAAAUGGGAUGCCAAAAGUACUUGAAAAGCAAAAGACAAGAGGAACUUAAGCUGGUAUUCUUCUAAAAGAAGUGGCCAACAAAAUGCGAAUCUUUGUCCAAAUUGAGUGAACCCUGAACACAUAUUUUAAGGUAGAAUGCCAUUACUUUCUCUGCUUUCUUUUUUAAGGGCCUAUCAAAAUUUGAGAUCUGGAUGUGCAGUAGCUUUCUCCAAGGGUCAUGCUAGCCAUAAGUCUGGUAUGGUAUUGAAACACAUAUUUGAUUACGUGACCAUGGGAAUGCUGCAAUAGUUGUAAGCAUAAAAAAUGGUCAUAAGUCACUUUUUUCAGUGCCAUUGUAACUUCAACCAGUCACUAAAUGAACUGUUGUAAGUCAAGGACUGCCUGUACUGCAUUAGAAUGGAACAGUUUAAUACCCACAGUACUCCUCUCUGUAUUUCAUGAAAUCUUUUUCCUUUAUUUCUAAGCAUUUAGAAAUGUAUUGAGCUGUUCCCUGAAGUCCUCCUGCUUUGAAAGGUGUCAUGGAAGGUCGAAGACCACUUGGCCAACACAGGAGCUUGUAAAUAUUUAUAAACCUUGGCUAGAAAUGGAAACAUGCAUUGUAAUUCUACUUAUUUUGUAAGGAUGUUCAAAUACAGCAUGUGUUUA